ACCGCGCAUGCCGCGGGCUCUGCACCUGCGCGCUGGCUGGGGAAGGCGGAGCUGGGCGCUCGGCUGCGCAUGUGCGGAAGGUGACCGCAGGAGCUGGCGCGCAGACGGUUUGGGUGCGGGCUGCUGGGCCUUUUCAGUGUUUGGACAAUGGAGACCCUCAAUCUUCUUUGACUAGUCCUGGUGUAAAGAUAGUUUUAUUUUUUAUCUCUACACCUCAAAUGGGACAUGCAUGUUUAGGUGACUAACUGCAGGAACAUCAAAAUGCCUAAUCUUGAACAUCCAGCAUACCCAGCAGCUAAGCUGCUUCAGUUGGAAAGUUCGGUGCCUUGUCGAGAAUCUCAAGUGUCCUUGUUGCUGUCCAUAUUUGGAGAGCGUGAGCAGUUUAGUUUUCCAUCCAUCUUCAUCUAUGGACAUAGAGCUAGUGGAAAGACCUAUGUGAUGCGCACUCUUCUAAAUACCUUAGAGCUUCCUCAUGUGUUUGUGAACUGUGUGGAAUACUUUACUUCACGACUUCUUUUAGAAGAAAUUCUCAUCCAACUGCAGAGGUAUUCUGAGGCAGAACAAACUUCUCAUGUGCCUUGCGAUACCUUAAAUGAUUUUGUACGUCUGUUUAAACAAGCUGUUACAAGUGGAGAGCUUCAAUAUCAAACGUUGUACAUUGUGCUGGAUAGAGCAGAGCAGCUGAGGGAAAUGGAAGCAAACAUUCUGCCAGCAUUUCUCAGGCUUCAGGAAUUGACUGACAGAAACGUGACCGUUGUCCUGCUCAGUGAAAUAGUUUGGGAACUGUUCCGCCCAAACACUGGAUGCUUUGAGCCAGUCACCUUGUAUUUUCCUGACUACAGCAUUGGACACCUGCAGAAGAUCUUGUCUCAGAAUCAUCCCCCAUUGUAUUCUGCAGAUUUCUAUUCUGCGUAUAUCAAUAUUCUGCUUGGUGUCUUCUACAUGGUCUGUAGGGACCUGAAAGAACUUCAGCAUCUGGCAGCACUCAAUUUUUCAAAAUACUGUGAACCCGUGGUCAGAGGAGAAGCAAAUGAACGUGACACCCGCAAACUGUGGAAAAACAUUGAGCCUCAUUUGAAGAAGGCAAUGCAGACUGUUUAUCUCCGGGAAAUAUCCAGCUCACAGUGGGAGCGCUUACAGUGUGAUGAUGGAGAACCUGGGCAGCUGAAAGGACUUUCUGCACAUACACAUGUGGAACUUCCUUAUUACUCCAAAUUUCUUCUCAUAGCUGCUUACCUUGCCUCCUACAAUCCUGUUAGGACAGAUAAGAGGUUCUUCACUAAGCAUCAUGGGAAAAUUAGAAAGACUAAUUUUAUGAAGAAACAUGAAAAGACGAGCAAUCACCUCCUUGGACCAAAACCAUUUCCCCUGGACAGGUUGCUGGCAAUAUUAUACAGUAUUGUGGACAACAGAGUUGCUCCAACUGCAAAUAUAUUUUCCCAGGUAUGUGAAGAAAGAACAGGCAAGAGGCAAAAAAACUGUCCAACUGCAUCUCUGAAAUCUAGAGCUUUACCUGAACUCUGCCAGUCUCAAGGAGAGGAUUUCAGUGUAAUUUACUCUUGCAAUAUGAAAGGGAAUGAUGAUUAGACGGGGAGCAUGACAUAGUAAAAUUUGUGUGUAGGAUGUUAACUGUAUAUUCUCUUACUUUUGGCUGUUGAAACCAUCUUGGUAUGCUUAAGAUGUGAAUGUGUUAUGUAACAGAAUUUUACAGUGUGUUUUCAAAAUGAGUAUGACUGUAAAUUUAACAUGCAUUCCAGAUGAGAGAAUGAAUUCCAGUACACAGUCCAGUAGUCUCUGGAAUGCACUUUCCCCUUAGACUAAACUGCAGAAAUUCAAGUAAAUACUUCACCCUGAUUUGGAGUGUACAGUAGAUGGCAGGGUAAUGAAAGAUUAGCUGCAAGUCCUCGUUUUUCUGACUGUAUGCAGAUUAAGCUGUCAAGAUACAAAAAGAUUGUAUUAAACCUUAAUCAGGUUAGGGAAAAGAGGCUGAAAUUAAACCUCUUGAGACCAAAAUAAAAUUUUAUGUAUUAAAAAAGCCCACUUCAAACUAUGAAAACAAUUUCUGCAUCACAUUUUAAGUAGGAAUAUUUAGGUGUCUAAUGUAAAGUAACAAAAUACAAUGGAAUUUAGAAUAUAUUUUGGAGGCUGUUUGAGACAUAAUAUUGAUUUUUUUUAUUUUCUUGAAUAGUUUUAAACAAUUUAUCUUUCACUGGUUCUUGCCAUUACUUAUUCUGUAAAUACAUUCUUCCAAUAGAGUAAAUAUUUAGGAGCUGAGUUUUCCUUAGCAGUAUCAAUACAUUUUACUGUUAGAUAACACAAGCAUUUAUUAUCUUGUUUGUGUGUACAGCAUGGAAAUCAUUCUUCAAUUGUGCAGAACUUUAAAAUGUUUUAAAUCAAGUAUUUGGCUUCUUAUCUGAUUGAGAAUUUAUUUUAUGUCCUUUUUAAUGAACAUUAAUUUCAUGUACUUUUUAAUUUGUAAACUGAAAGGCUGUACACGAACAAAAUAUUAAUUCUCCCCGUGUACUGUCAGAAAAUAGCAUGCCUUGGCUUUAAAGUUGAUCAACAAUCUCAGUGAAGAUUCAAGGACUAGCAGCUGCUGUAAGAUCUGUCAUGUUGCUGAUUUCAUGAUAUUUCUUAGUGCUCCUUGUUUCUGUGCAUAACAUCUAUUCACAUGAAAAUUCUGGUUAUUAGCCUCUCAAAAGUGAACCUUCUAUGCUAAUAAGCAGCAAAAUUUCAAUUUUCUGUUUAAUGUUAGGGUUUAUUGAAAAUGUUUCAUUUUUGUUAAAUAGAAUUUCAAUUUAAAAUUUGAAUCUUCAUCUAACUUUUGUCUUUUAGUGUUAAUCACUCCUUAAAAUGGUCUCACAGUUUUACCAAAUCAAAAGUGAAUAUAUUCUUUUCAGAAGCAUGAUCUUUGCAAUUCAUACCAGACUGAUUCUUUUCGUGCUGUAAUUGGGUUGCACGAGAAAGAAUUGGGCUUGUUCAUUUUGUUUUGCUUACUAACUAGUACAAAGGAGUAGCACUAGGGAAAAAUACCCAAAUGUGCAGAUCUGCACUUCUGCGAAUGAAAAUUGUUUAUCAUCUCCUUAGAAAUUGAAAUUUCUCUUGCAUAUUUGCAGUUUUAAGUAAAACUUUCCUACAUCCAGUGAUGAAUGUUUGAGAUGUAGUUAAAGUAAGAUUAAAAAAAAAAUAAUUGAAGACUGACACUGUGGGUGUCAGUACCUCUGUGAAUGCAGGUUUCUAUUCACUGGAAGUUUGUAGCAUUCCUUUUCCUCGCAACUCUUACUGGUUUUCAACACAGUGUCUGUUACUGUAACAUGUCACUGAAUCUGUUUGCAUUUACACGUGUGGUUUUUAAACCAAAAUAUAAGGGAGGUUAAAGCACUGUUGAGUUCUGCAGCCAUUUUGGAGGACAAAAUCUUGACGUGUUUUUCUUCAGAUGCACUUUGUGUAAUAAUCUAAAAGCAUUGGAUUGAGGAUGGUUGUGCCAUCAGCACUGGACAGAUGUGUCCUGUGUGUAGGACAUGAUAUGUGACUGCUGUGUGUAGUUUGAUACGUGACGAGGUCAAGCAUGUGGCUGAAGUAUUUUAAAGGAUAAAGCAUUUUUCAUGGUGAAAAGGUGCUAAUGUGCUUUCACAGAAAGCUAAAAAAAGUGCAACCAGGGCAUAUGUGGUCUGCAUCCUACAACCCUGUCGUAAGUCAUAGUUUCCUUACCUAGAAGCAGCAGUUGGUGCUUUUACAGGCUCGGGGAACAACCAGAAAAUAUGAUUUGCCUGUCCACACGGACCCACUUUGCAGAAUUUGCACUUGUCCGAGUGUAAUUAUUACAGAAGGGAGCUUUAUAAUGCCUAUUGCAAGUGCAUUUUGCAGAGACCCUCUAAGUCUACUCAGUUCUGGUUUAUCAAAGAGCAGUAUUUCAUUUUAGGCUUUCCACAUUUAGACAGAAAUAGCACAUUAUUGUUUCUAUUAAAAUGUGCCAUAUUAUAGGACACAUGAAUGAGUUUGUGAACAAAAUGUUGUGCAAGUGAUUUACAUUAAAUCAGUACAUUGUACAUUGAAUGAAACAUGGGCUGUUAAUUUUGUAUCACAGCCAUUAAGCAGAUAGAUUUUUGUUUUACAAGCCCAAAUGAAUGCUUUUUCCUCUACUGGAAGUGUUUUUCAACUGCUUUUUCAAAUCAGUUCUCCUAACCUUUCAUUUUCUAGGUGUUUUAUCUUUCUUCUGUCUUGUGAAAUAAGCUUUACAUGAAGAGGAUUGAUUAGAUGUGCUAGUAGUUCUAAGCAAUGAUGUUAUCUGUAUUGGGUAAAUUUAAUUAAACCCUUUGUCUUUUUUUUUCCCCUGUUAACACAUCUCUGGAUGUUUGAGAAGACAUCUAUGCAGAGAGAUGUGAUAACUUGUCAGAAUAUACGAGAAGCUGAAAAUUACUGAAUAUAUAACUGAUGAGUAACUUCAGUUCUGUAUGCAGUAGAGUGAAAAUGCAAUAAAGUAAGACUGUUAGAUCAUC